GGAAUGAGCGCUGAUGCAGUAACGCAGCCGCUGCGCUUUGAGUUGCACCUCUGAGCUCUUUUUCUCACUCUGACUAUUUUUACCAGGCACUUUACAGUCUGCGUCAGUGCACACUUACUGGGGGAGACUUCUUCUUCAUCUUCUUCAUCAUCUGCUGGAGUUUUGCUAUUAAUGCGAGCUGUUGGUCGUGCAGCGGGAGCACGCGCAGAAUGAUGCGGCUGCUCUUGCUCGUGUCGCUGUGUGUAUCGGCGCAGACGCUGGACGCAGACGCAGCCGCGGAGCAGCCGAGAGCGAACCGAGCGAAGCGGCGCGGCGGCGGCCAGGACGUGCUGAAGGGGCCGAAUGUGUGUGGAUCCCGUCAUCAGGCGUACUGCUGUCCCGGAUGGAAGACCUUGACCGGAGGGAACCAGUGCAUCGUCCCUAUUUGUCGGAGCUCCUGCGGAGACGGCUUCUGCUCCAGACCCAACAUGUGCACCUGUCCGAGCGGCCAGAUCGCUCCCACCUGCGGAUCCAAAUCAGUCCAGAACUGUAACAUCCGCUGCAUGAACGGCGGGUCGUGUGCGGAGGACCAGUGUCUGUGUCAGAACGGAUUCAGCGGAGCUCACUGCGGCCAGCCGGUGUGUGAGUCCGGCUGUCUGAACGGAGGCCGAUGCGUCGCUCCAAACCGCUGCCUGUGUAACUACGGCUUCACUGGAGCUCAGUGUGAGAGAGAUUACAGGACGGGGCCGUGUUUCGCGUCGGUCAGUAACCAGAUGUGUCAGGGUCAGCUGACGGGAAUCGUCUGCACCAAGACGCUGUGCUGUGCGACGGUGGGGCGGGCCUGGGGUCACCCGUGUGGUUGUGAUGACAUUGACGAGUGCUCUCAGAUCCCGGGCCUGUGCAGUGCAGGUCAGUGCUCCAACACCAUCGGCAGCUACUUCUGCAGGUGUCCGGUGGGCUUCGACACGGCGCUGGACGGCUCGCACUGCAUCGAUGCUCGGACGGGCUUCUGCUACGCUAGCAUCGUGAACGGACGCUGUGCUAACCCGCUGCCGCAGCGCAUGUCCAAGAGUCAGUGCUGCUGCGAGAACCGAGGAUGCUGGUCCGGAUCCGCCGUCCCAGAGAUGUGUCCCAUCCGCGGAACAGAGGAGUAUCAGAGACUCUGUCUGUAUAGUUACACGGUUCCUGAUCCAGACCGACCAGAUCUGGGUCCGAUUCCCAUUCCGGGUCCAGGUCCGAUUCCUUUUCCGGUUCCUGGUAUUAUUCCUCGCCCGGGUCCUGGUCCGGAUUUUCCCGAUGUCCCACGAGAUCCCAUAUCUGUUGACCUUCCCUCAUUCACCAUCAGACCUGUCAUCCUGCCUCAGAACUUCAGCAUCAGGAACAUGUGCGAGACGUUUCGUAACCUGUGCAUCAACGGCCGCUGCGUGCCGACGCCAGGCAGCUACCGCUGCGAGUGCAACAUGGGCUACCGGCUGGACGGCCGCGGUGAAUGCAUCGAUGCGAACGAGUGUGAGCGGAGCCCCUGUGUGAACGGAGACUGUGUGAACACACCCGGAUCCUAUUACUGCCAGUGUCCCACCGGAUUCCAGAGCACAGCCACCAGAACCGAGUGUCGAGAUCUGGAUGAGUGCGUGGCCAACGGUCGCAUCUGUAACAACGGCCGCUGCGUCAACACAGAGGGCAGCUUCCACUGCGUGUGCAACGCUGGCUUCGAGAUAACAGCUGAUGGAAGGAACUGCCAAGACACUGAUGAGUGUUUGAUAAGGAACAUCUGUCUGAACGGCAUGUGCAUCAAUGAAGACGGCAGCUUCAAGUGCAUCUGCAAACCUGGAUACUUGUUAGAGGGCACCGGACGAUUCUGUGUGGAUGUGGACGAGUGUGAGGUUCCCGGCAUGUGUAUGAAUGGCCACUGCGUCAACACCGAGGGCUCGUUCCGCUGCGAGUGUAUGCCGGGACUCGCCGUGGGGCUCGACGGACGCAUCUGCGUGGACACACACAUGCGAAGCACGUGUUACGGAGGAUAUAAGCGCGGUCAGUGUGUGCGACCGUUCUUCGGCGCUGUGACCAAAUCCGAGUGCUGCUGCGCCACAUCACUCCUCACCUCUGCUCGCCAUGGAAACCAUGACAUCAUGGAUGACAUCAGCACCUUUAGAGGUUCAGCGUGUCUGAGACUCAAACCUUACACACACACACACACACUGCAGCCGUGUUUAGAGUGCUCUGGCAUCUGCAAACAUGUUGUUAAAUUGUGUCUUUAUGUUCCAGCUGAGUUUUCGGCUCUCUGCAGUCACGGCCCAGGAACUACGACUGAUGGCAGAGAUAUAAACGAGUGUGCGCUGGAUCCUGAUAUCUGUCAGAACGGCGUGUGCGAGAACAUGCUCCGAACAUACAAGUGUAACUGUAAUCUGGGCUUUGAGGUGGACAUCAGCGGGAAGACCUGCGUCGAUGUGGACGAGUGCAUGAUGAACAGACACCUGUGUGAGAACGGCCUGUGCAGAAACACACCGGGCAGCUUCACCUGCCACUGUCCGAAGGGCUUCACCUUCCAGCCCGAGACAGAGGUGUGUGAAGACGUGGACGAGUGUUUGAGUAACCCGUGUGUGAACGGCGAGUGUAAGAACAGCGCCGGCUCGUUCGCGUGUCUCUGCUCCGCGGGAAGCACACUGGACAGCUCAGGAACUCUGUGUGUGGAAACCACUAAGGGCACGUGUUGGCUGAAGGCGGUGAACGGACAGUGUGAGAUUAACAUUAACGGAGCGACGCUGAAGUCUCACUGCUGUUCUUCGCUGGGGGCGGCCUGGGGCUCGCCGUGUGCCAAAUGUGAACCAGAUCUGUUCUGCUCUAAAGGUCGCGCGCGAGUGAAGGGGACCGUCUGUGAGGAUGUGAAUGAGUGUGAGGUGUUUCCCGACGUCUGCAUCAAUGGGAAGUGUGUGAACACGGACGGGUCGUUCAUCUGCCAGUGUCCCAGUGGAAUGACGGUGGACUCCACUGGAAGGACCUGCGUUGACCUGCGCACGGAGCUGUGUUACCUCACACACAUCGACGAGCGCUGCGGCGCUCCGAUCACGGGCCGGCACCGUGUGGACGCCUGCUGCUGCUCUGUGGGUGUGGCCUGGGGCCCGGAGUGCGACGAGUGUCCAGAGAAAGGAACGCCGGAAUACGCGCAGCUCUGUCCUCGGCCCGGAUUCUCCCACCGCGGAGACUUCAUCAACGGCAAGCCCUUCCUGAAAGAUAUAAACGAGUGUAAGAUGAUCCACAGCUUGUGCACAAACGGCCGCUGCAGGAACACCAUCGGUAGCUUCCGCUGCAGGUGCGACAGCGGCUUCACUCUGGACUUUGAUGAAAGGAACUGCACAGAUAUCGACGAGUGCCGCAUCUCUCCUGAUCUGUGCGGUCACGGCACGUGUGUGAACACAGCCGGUGAUUUCCGCUGCGACUGUUUCUCCGGAUACGAGAGCGGAUUCAUGAUGAUGAAGAACUGCAUGGACAUCGAUGAGUGCGAGCGCAACCCUUUGCUCUGCAGAGGAGGUGAAUGCAUCAACACCGAGGGCAGCUUCCGCUGCGAGUGUCCAGAGGGCCACGAGAUCGCUCCUGACGGCUCCGCCUGCCUGGGUCAGUGUGUGUGUGUGUGUGUGUGAGAGAGAGAGAGUGUGUGUGAGAGAGAGAGAGAGAGAGAGAGUGUGGGACGCUAUCAGUGCUCCUGCAACACCGGCUACAAAUCCACCGAAGACAGACUCUCGUGCAUCGAUAUCGAUGAAUGCACCAUUGAGAACGGCGGCUGUGAGACAUUCUGCACCAAUUCAGAGGGAAGUUACGAGUGCAGCUGUCGCCGCGGUUACGCCCUCAUGCCUGACCUCAGGAGCUGCACAGAUAUCGAUGAGUGUGAGGACAGUCCUAACAUCUGUCAUGGCGGUCAGUGCACCAACAUCCCCGGUGAAUUCCAGUGCCUGUGUUUUGAUGGCUACAUGUCGUCUGAGGAUAUGAAAUCAUGUCUGGAUGUGAACGAGUGUGAGCUGAAUCCAAACAUCUGUCUGAGCGGGAAGUGUGAAAAUACAAAGGGCUCGUUCAUCUGUCACUGUGACCUCGGCUUCUCCGUCAGGAAAGGGACGACCGGCUGUACAGAUAUUAACGAGUGUGAGAUCGGCGCUCAUAACUGCGACCGACACGCGAGCUGUACGAACACCGCUGGCAGCUUCAGAUGCAGCUGCGCUCCGGGCUGGAUCGGGAACGGGAUCAGAUGCACAGAUCUGGAUGAGUGUUCUAACGGGACGCACCUGUGCAGCCCCAGCGCAGACUGCAUGAACACCAUGGGCUCCUACCGCUGCCUGUGCAAAGAGGGAUUCACUGGAGACGGGUUCUACUGCGUCGACACGGAUGAGUGUGCGGAGAACGUGAAUCUGUGUGAGAACGGACACUGUCUGAACAUCGCGGGUGGAUUCCGCUGUGAGUGUGACAUGGGCUUCAUCCCCACCGCAGACGGGAAAGCCUGUGAAGACAUAGACGAGUGCACGUUUGCCGACAUCUGUGUGAACGGCCGCUGCCGCAACAUCCCGGGUCUCUUCCGGUGCCUGUGUGACCCCGGGUACGAGCUGGACCACAGCGGUGGAAACUGCACAGACGUGAACGAGUGCUCCAAACCCACCACCUGCAUCAGUGGCGAGUGUCUGAACACGCCGGGCAGUUACAUCUGCAACUGUCCUCUGGACUUUGAGCUCAACCCCACCGGAGUGGGCUGUGUCGACACUCGCUCUGGAAACUGCUACCUGGAGGUGCGUUACCGUGGCGAUUUAUCCGACAGUCUGGUCUGCUCGACGGAGAUCGGCGUGGGCGUGUCCAAAGCCUCCUGCUGCUGUUCUCUCGGUCAGGCCUGGGGGUCACCCUGCGAGACCUGUCCGCUGCUCAACUCCACGGAGUACAGGCUUCUGUGUCCUGGAGGAGAAGGAUUCCGACCCAAUCCCAUCACUGUGACACUAGAUAUCAACGAGUGUCAGGAGCUGCCUGGUCUGUGUCAGGGAGGAAACUGCAUCAACACGUUUGGCAGUUUUCACUGUGAAUGUCCGAAAGGUUUUGCACUCAAUGAAGACACCAGGAUCUGUGAAGAUGUGGAUGAGUGUGAGCGUCCCGGCAUCUGUGGUCCGGGUCAGUGUUACAACACCAUUGGGAACUACACCUGCAUCUGCCCUCCAGAGUACAUGCAGAUCAACGGAGGAAACAACUGCAUGGACAUGAGGAAGAGCUUGUGCUACAGGAACUACUACUCUGAUAACGCCACAUGUGAUGGAGAGCUGACCUUCAACAUGACCAAGAAGUUCUGCUGCUGCUCGUACAGCAUCGGCCGGGCCUGGAAUAAACCCUGCGAGAAGUGUCCCGUCCCCAGCACCAAUGAGUUCGCUGUGCUGUGUGGAAGUGAGAGACCUGGAUAUUUUAUUGACAUUUACACCGGUCAAGUCAUUGACAUCGACGAGUGCCGUGAGAUUCCCGGAGUGUGUGAGAACGGCGUGUGUAUCAACAUGAUCGGCAGUUUCCGCUGUGAAUGUCCGAUGGGUUUCGUCUAUAAUGACAAGCUGCUGAUCUGUGAGGAUAUUGACGAGUGUCAGAAUGGGCUGGUGUGUCAGCAGAAUGCCGUCUGUCUGAACGUUCCUGGAAGUUUCCGCUGUGAGUGUAGACCUGGAUACCGGCAAACUCCCACCCAGCAGUGUGUCGAUCGUAACGAGUGUGCUGAGAAUCCAAACAUCUGCAGUCCGGGUCAGUGUAUUGACAUGGUGGGUAGUUACCGCUGCAGCUGCCCCAACGGCUUCAAAUCCACGCCAGACCUGUGUAUCG